AUGUCAAGCCGCGACAAAGAGAAAGGCGUCAAUGUUCAAGUCCUUCUUCGUUGCAGGCCAUUUAGCGAUGAUGAAUUGAGGAACAAUGCUCCUCAGGUUCUGACUUGUAAUGAUUUGCAAAGAGAAGUUGCUGUUUCCCAAAACAUAGCUGGGAAGCACAUUGAUAGGGUUUUCACUUUCGAUAAGGUGUUUGGACCAUCGGCUCAACAGAAAGAUUUGUAUGAUCAGGCUGUUGUUCCAAUUGUGAAUGAAGUACUUGAAGGUUUUAAUUGUACAAUAUUUGCGUAUGGCCAGACUGGUACUGGGAAAACAUAUACAAUGGAAGGAGAAUGUAGAAGGUCAAAGAGCGGGCCAACUGGAGGUCUUCCGCCAGAAGCAGGUGUUAUACCUAGAGCUGUAAAACAAAUCUUUGAUACUCUCGAGGGUCAGCAAGCUGAGUACAGUGUUAAAGUCACGUUUUUGGAACUCUACAAUGAAGAGAUUACCGAUUUGCUAGCUCCUGAGGAUAUCACCAGAGGUUCUUCAGAAGAUAAACAAAAGAAACCAUUGCCUCUAAUGGAGGAUGGCAAAGGUGGUGUUCUUGUUAGAGGAUUGGAAGAGGAAAUUGUGACAAGUGCCAAUGAAAUCUUCACUUUGCUUGAGAGAGGUUCCUCUAAACGGCGAACUGCUGAAACAUUCUUGAAUAAACAAUCCAGUCGGUCACAUUCCCUCUUCUCAAUAACAAUACAUAUCAAAGAAUCUACUCCAGAAGGUGAAGAACUAAUUAAGUGUGGCAAGCUGAACUUAGUUGACUUGGCUGGAUCAGAAAAUAUAUCACGUUCUGGUGCUAGGGAUGGCCGCGCUCGAGAAGCUGGUGAAAUAAACAAAAGUCUUCUUACCUUAGGGCGAGUGAUCAGUGCUUUGGUUGAACAUCUUGGACACAUUCCUUACAGGGAUAGUAAGCUUACCCGCUUGCUACGUGAUUCACUUGGUGGGAGAACGAAGACAUGUAUCAUAGCAACAGUUUCACCUGCUGUUCAUUGUCUCGAAGAAACCUUAAGUACUCUAGAUUAUGCACACAGGGCAAAGCAUAUUAGGAACAAACCAGAGGUUAACCAGAAAAUGAUGAAAUCUACUUUGAUAAAGGACCUUUACGGUGAAAUAGAAAGACUUAAGGCGGAGGUCUAUGCUUCCCGUGAGAAAAAUGGUGUUUAUAUGCCAAAAGAGAGAUACUAUCAAGAAGAGAGUGAAAGAAAGGCAAUGGCUGAACAGAUUGAGCAGAUGGGUGGUCAGAUUGAGAAUUAUCAAAAACAACUUGAGGAGUUGCAAGACAAGUGUAUCGGUCAAGUACAGGAGUGCUCUGAUCUGACUAGCAAGCUUGAUACCACUGAGAAAAUUUUGAGCCAAACAAGCAAAAUGCUUGCUUCCACAAACGAGGAAUUGAAGAAAUCUCAAUACGCCAUGAAGGAGAAAGAUUUCAUCAUUUCAGAGCAGAAGAAAUCUGAAAAUGUACUGGUUCAGCAAGCUUGCAUUUUACAAUCCAACUUAGAGAAAGUUACUAAAGACAAUGCUUUGUUACACCAAAAACUUGGAAGAGAGGACAAGCUCAGUGCGGAUAACAGAAAAGUGGUCGACAAUUAUCAAGUAGAACUUUCUGAACAAAUUUCCAAUCUGUUCAAUAUGGUUGCUUCAUGUCUGUCCCAGCAAAGUUCACACCUUCAGGAUGUUAACAAACUGUCCCAAUCUCGUUUAGAGGCACACAACAAGGCCAUUCUAGAAAUGAAAAAUAAGGUUCGAGCUUCAAGGGAUUUGUAUAGUUCUCACUUAGAGGCAGUGCAGAAUGUAGUCCGCUUGCACAAGGCAAACUCAAAUGCUUCUCUUGAGGAAGUUUCAGCAUUGGCGACUUCAAGUGCAUGUUCUAUUGAUGAGUUUCUUGCUUCAGGGGAUGGGACAACAACAUCGCUAUUCGAUGAACUUCAGAAUGCUCUUUCGUCCCACCAGGGAGAAAUGGCUCUCUUUGCGAGAGAACUGAGACAGAGGUUCCACACAACGAUGGAGCAAACACAGAAGAUGUCUGAAUACACAAGUACAUUCUUUCAGAAGCUUUUCGAAGAGUCAAAAAAUGCUGAGAAUCGUGUUGCAGAAGCAAAUGAUAGCCAAAUAAAUAGCAUUAUCGAUUUUCAGAAGACUUACGAGGCUCAGUCAAAAUCGGAUACAGAGAAACUUAUAGUGGAUUUAACUGACUUAGUCUCAAGUCACGUGGAUUCAAGACUCCAUAACUUUAAAGAUGCUGUCUCUUCCAACAAAACUUUCUUGGAUGAACAUGUCUCGGCUGUAAAUAAGCUGGCUAAGGACGCAAAAAGAAAGUGGGAGACAUUUUCCAUGGAAGCUGAGAAUGAGGCCGAAGAAGGUGCUGAUUUCUCAGCUGCAAAACAUUGUCGAAUGGAGUUGCUGCUUCAGCAAUCUAUGAGUCAUGCGGAAUCAGCUGUCAAACACUGCAAGACAACUCAUGAAUCUCUAAAGGAGAUGAACAGUAAGCAAGUGGCAGAUAUCUCAUCACUUGUUAGGACUGCUUGUGAUAAUAACGAGCUGCACGAUGCGGAAGUAGAUUCUGCAAAGACUGCAGCUGAGAAAGAUGUAACCAAGACUAGUAAUGAGAUAAUCCAGCAAAUUGAUCGCAUGUCAGAAGACGAAAAAGCGUCAGUAUCACAAAUCUUGGAAAAUGUCAAGACACAUGAAAAAACUCUUGCAAGUUUCCAGCAGGAUCAUUGUUGCCAAUCCAGAUGCAUUGAGGAUAAAGCUCAAGAAACUUUUCAACAACGAUACAUGGAGUAUGAGCCCACAGGGACAACUCCAGCAAAGAGUGAACCAGAAGUCCCAACCAAAGCCGCCAUUGAAUCACUACGAGCCACGCCAAUAGAGACACUGCUUGAAGAGUUCCGUGAGAACAACUCUUAUGAAUCCUUUGCGACGAAGGAAUCAAAACCGCAACAGCUAACACGGUCGCCUCUCUCACAAGUCAAUUAG